ACCCCGGUCAGCGCGCUUGGUUCCCUGCUGCGGCCGACGUCCGCGAGCUCCCCGGGCUUUUCGGUGCUCUUUGUGCCGUGGUUGUUCCGUAAAUAGGAUGAAUGCAGAUUUGCGCAGUUAUUUUUUCCUAGUUAAAGUCUAUGAUGCAGUUGAAAUCCACAGGGAUUUUUUUUCUUGUUUACAGGAUUAAGCUCUCCGUUAUUUGAUAUUUAUUCUUUCUGUAUUUUUAUAGAAAAAUGGAAAUCGCCACUCCUCCAACGUCAAAGUGUAUUAUAUACUGGAAAAGAAAAGUCAAGUCUGAAUAUAUGCGUCUUCGGCAGCUCAAGAGGUUCCAGGCAAACAUGGGAGCUAAGGCUCUGUUUGUGGCCAACUUUGCAAAAGUUCAUGAAAAGACUCAAAUUCUGAAUGAAGACUGGAAGAAGCUUCGAGUCCAGCCGGUGCAAUUGAUGAAGCCAGUCAGCGGGCACCCGUUCCUAAAACAGUGCACCGUUGAGAGCAUUUUCCCGGGAUUUCCAAGCCAGACGCUGUACAUGAGGACCCUGAACACGGUGGCGCUGGUGCCCAUUAUGUACUCCUGGUCCCCUCUUCAGCAGAAUUUCAUGGUGGAGGAUGAAACUGUUCUGUGCAAUAUCCCUUACAUGGGAGAUGAGGUGAAGGAAGAAGAUGAAACUUUCAUUGAAGAACUUAUUAAUAACUAUGAUGGGAAGGUUCAUGGAGAGGAAGAAAUGAUUUCAGGGUCAGUCCUCAUCAGCGAUGCCGUGUUCCUGGAGCUAGUGAACGCCCUGAAUCAGUACUCGGACGAGGAAGAGGAAGGACACAAUGAUUCUGAGGUUAAACAGGAGGAUGGGAAAGAAGAGCUGCCAGUCACAAGGAAAAGAAAGCGAAUUGCAGUGGAAGGUAACAAGAAAUGUUCAAAGAAGCGGUUUCCAAAUGACAUGAUAUUCACUGCUAUUUCUUCUAUGUUUCCUGAAUACGGUUUCCCAGAUGAUAUGAAAGAGAGGUACCGAGAGCUCACAGAAGUGUCGGACCCGAACGUGCUGCCGCCGCAGUGCACUCCCAACAUAGACGGGCCGUGUGCGAAGUCGGUCCAGCGGGAGCAGUCCCUGCACUCCUUCCACACCCUCUUCUGCCGCCGCUGCUUCAAAUACGACUGUUUUCUGCAUCCUUUUCAUGCUACUCCUAAUGUGUACAAACGAAAGAAUAGAGAGACCAAGAUCGAGCCAGAUCCUUGUGGAGCAGACUGUUUCCUCUGGCUGGAAGGAGCCAAGGAGUUUGCUGCGCUGCACAACCCCAGGUCCAAGUGCUCAGGCCGGCGCCGCCGGAGGCACCACGUGGUGGGUGCUUCUUGUUCAAACACCCUGGCUUCUGCCGUCGCUGAGACGAGGGAGGGCGAUAGCGACCGAGACACGGGCAACGAGUGGGCCUCUAGCUCCUCGGAGGCAAACUCCCGCUGCCAGACCCCCACCAAGCAGAAGCUGAGCCCUGCCUCCUCCCAGCUGUUUGCGGUGGAGACGCCGCAGGAGCCCGUCGAGUGGACGGGAGCUGAGGAGUCGCUCUUCCGCGUCUUCCACGGGACCUACUUCAACAACUUCUGCUCGAUUGCCAGGCUGCUGGGAACAAAGACGUGCAAGCAGGUCUUUCAGUUUGCAGUGAAAGAAUCACUUAUAACAAAACUGCCAACAAAUGAAUUAAUGAAUCCAUCCCAGAAGAAGAAAAGGAAGCACAGGCUGUGGGCUGCGCACUGCAGGAAGAUUCAGCUGAAGAAAGAUAAUUCACCUACCCAGGUGUACAACUACCAGCCCUGUGACCACCCCGAGCAUCCCUGUGACAGCUCCUGCCCUUGCAUCAUGACUCAGAAUUUCUGUGAGAAGUUCUGCCAGUGCAACCCUGACUGUCAGAACCGCUUCCCAGGCUGUCGCUGUAAAACCCAGUGCAACACCAAGCAGUGCCCGUGCUACCUGGCCGUGCGGGAGUGCGAUCCGGACCUCUGCCUGACCUGUGGGGCUUCAGAGCACUGGGACUGCAAGGUGGUCUCCUGCAAGAACUGCAGCAUCCAGCGAGGUCUCAAAAAGCAUUUGUUGCUGGCGCCGUCAGAUGUCGCCGGCUGGGGGACUUUCAUCAAGGAAUCUGUGCAGAAGAAUGAGUUCAUCUCUGAGUACUGUGGUGAGCUUAUUUCACAGGAUGAGGCUGACCGGCGAGGGAAGGUCUAUGAUAAGUACAUGUCCAGCUUCCUCUUCAACCUCAACAACGAUUUUGUUGUUGACGCCACCCGCAAAGGAAAUAAAAUCCGCUUUGCCAAUCACUCGGUGAACCCCAAUUGCUAUGCCAAAGUUGUGAUGGUGAACGGAGACCACCGGAUAGGGAUCUUUGCCAAGAGGGCCAUCCAGGCAGGAGAGGAGCUCUUCUUUGAUUACAGGUACAGCCAGGCAGACGCCCUGAAGUAUGUCGGCAUAGAGAGGGAGACAGAUAUCAUCUAGGCUCUGUGCGGGGCGGUCCCCAGCACACCUUGCUGCUGCACCUUGUAAGCAAUGCCAUGUUUGCUUCACGCUGACAUGACUGCUGCUGUUCCCGUUGCUGUGUGUGUCACAAGUGCUACUUUCCAUCCAGACGCCCAGAGAGAGACUCGGGGCAGGAGUGUGAGCGGCUGCUGCCAGGGUGGCAGCUUUGCCAGCCCUGGGCUGGGGCAGGCUCUGGAGCCUUGCUCUGCGGGCGGUCUCCCGGGCUGGAGGGGAGCUGGGGCUUGAAGAAAAGCUGUGGUGCAGGAGGGACAGCCGUGAAUUCUCAGUCUCUUUCCAUUUUCUGCCGACUGCUGGAAGAACAAGAGCGAGCGAGGUACCACCCGCACUGGGACGCGGGGCACAGCUGGGGCAGAGGGGCUGGUGCUCCCCUCCAGCCCUGUCCCCUGGGAUAAGCUCUGGUCUCGAGUGCUACCUCUUGCUGCCUGUUUUGUCCUGUUGACGAGGACAGCGACAGGGUUGGAAGCCAUAGAGACACGGCUGCAGCGGUCCCCAGGCCCCAAGCUGCUGUCACUGAGGCACUGUUUCCCCUCUGCCCCAGCUGGCUGGGGGACAGACCGCCUAGCCGUGGCCGGCGUGGCACGAUGCUUGGGGAUGGGGAGAGCAGCACUAUGCAAAAAGUCACUUUGGGUAGGGACGCCACUGAGCUGGUUAGAGACAAUGUUACGGGGGUGCUGCUGCAAGCACAAGAGGGGUCCAGAGGCAGCAGGAACCCGUGAGCCUGAGGAAGCCCUUCCAGCCUGUGGCGUUUUCUCAUGACUGUGGGGUGGCUGCUUGGCUUGUGCCCGUCCCCAGCUGCUCUGCUGCCUGGCUCUUCUGGGGCUGGCGCGUGGAUGCUUCUGCUGGGCAGCUUUGGGGCCGCGGGGGGGGACUCCUGCUGACCGGCUGGGGCUGCACCCAGAGUGGGAGACGGGCCUUGGCCACCCUGCACCCAGGCGGGCGCUUCCUGACCAUGCGGUACCAGAGCUGGUUCCUCCACCGUCCUCUGUCAGGACAGUCCCCUUCAGGCAGCACAGGCUCUGUGGGAGGUGUUGGGCCCUUCAGGAGCCAGCAGAGCAGGGCCCCUCAGGGCAGGAGCCUUUCGUUGCACAGGACUUUUUGAAUGUUGCUGUGCUGAGGUUUGAACAGGGUGCAGCAGACCUGCCGCUGCCUGCGGUGACCUGCCUAGAGGUUUCUGACACCCUGGCCCUGGGGAUAAAGGGGAAAUGUUCUCUGGCAGGGCGAGGUUUGGCCUUAGCACCCCAUGCAAAAAGAAAAAGAAAAAAGCACUUUAAUCCUCAGCCGGCAGCUGGGCCCCGUGUACCGCUCUGGGGGUGGAGGGACCACAGACGUCCCAGACGGCUGUCAUCCCUCAGCAGCACCUUUGCAGGGAUGUUGCUCCAGGCCUGGGAUGGGGCAGUCUGGAUGGGGGGCUCUUCCCUGAGCAGGGCCUGGGGUGACCUGAAGGAUGGGGCUGCCCGUUGGAGCCACGUGCGCUGCCAGCCAACUGCCUGGCCUGAUGCUGGGUGCUGGAGGGUGCUCUGCCGGGCACCGCACCAGGCUGUCCAGGGGUGAUGAGGGCCUGGAGCUGCGGGCUUCCAGCGCUGGGCUCCUGGGAUGGCACUGAGACAGUUCCUCUGGCAGGGAGCCCGGCUGAUCACCCCCUUUGGGGGCAGUGGCGUGGAGGGUGGGUGGUGUUUGUCUGGGGGCACCGCACAGAGGUGAGCAGUGCUGGGGCCCUUGUCGCCCUCGUUUGGGGAACCACGGGGCUCCCAAGGCACAGCCCUGUCCCAGCCGCACGGUCCAUGAACACAGAGAGGUGCUGGGUCUGCGCCAGGAGCCUGAGCCCUCCCUGGCAUGGCCCAUGCCAUGCCUUUCCCAGCCUCCCACUGCGGCAGGCGAGGCUGGCUGUCCGUCCUUCCUGAUGUCUGUGAUGCCUUCCUGGGGCUCCUGAGGGGGUUGGGUCUGUCUGGAGCAGUGCUUGUACCCUGGCACCUGCCUGAGCCCCGCUCCCCAUCGCCUCCUGCUGCCUCCGUCCGCCCAGCUCGCCCCGGCCCUGUUCUCUGCUCAGCGUCCUCUGCCACCUUGGCCAUAUCUGCACUAUGCCAGGCUUGUGUCUGUGGUUUGUUGAUGGUGAAUAAUAAUGCACUUUAAAGAUAAUGUGGCUUGUAGCCUUUGUCAUAAUAAAGUGGUAGCGAACAUCC